AUGACCCCGCAGGUGGUCCCUCCGAGCCAAUUCGAAGAACUCAUCAAAUUCCAGGGCGCACUCACGGCCCCUAACGAUUCGGGGGUGCGAUUUCGUUGGCAAGGCAUCGCUAUUGAUGCCCUCCAGGAGGCCGCAGAGUCGCUGCUAGUGACCCUCUUCAGCGAUGCCAAUUUGUGCGCGCUUCAUGCCAAACGCGUGACUGUCAUGCCGAAGGAUUUCUUCCUCUUGCAGAAGCUCAGUUGUGUCGCUCACUUUUAG